AUGGCUUUCUUCGCGGUGCAGCAGAUUGUACGCGAAUUGUUCUUCUUCUCGUUCGAUCUCCUUGACGAGGUGUGCGAUCCAGCGGGCGUGGGACAUACGCUUACAAUAGCCUCUGAGCGUGACGUCACGGAUGACGUCCUUAUUGUACAAACAGAAUGCUGUAUGAUGGUCUUUAGCCCUGCAGCACUUACAAGUGGUACGCUGGUCGUCACUAGUACAAUUUUUAUCGAUAUGUGGUCCCCCGCACCGAAAACACUUUCCGCUACGCGAAUGGAUGUAAAUUCUAUCGGAAAGGUACGGAAAGUUGCGACACUGUGCGGAAUAGUGGUGUUGUUUGCAGAAGAAGCAACGUGA